AUAAACUGUCUGCCACUCCCUUGUAUAGAAAGUCGCUUUUCCUUAUUUGAAAACUGCGACGGACAACAAAAGUUAUGAUGUUGAUCUUCCUGAUUCUCUCCGUCUUUGGGACGCACCAUCUUGCUUUGGCGGCCUAUGCCACAAGCUAUGAUCAGGCAUUUUCCUUCACCUGUGACGUUGGAAAAUAUCUUCAGACAAUCGAAAGCAUCCACUCCAACUACCAUGAGGACAGGGUUUUCAACUUUGGAUGCGAAAGUUUGAAAGACACGCAUGCCGAGGAGACAAUGAAGGACUGCGUAUGGGGACCCUAUGCCAACGACAUGGAUGGGAUCCUGGAGUUCCAAUGUCCCGGUGACAAAAUCAUCAGCGGCCUGUCCAGUUACCAUGACAACCACUAUGAAGACAGGCGAUACAAGUUUUAUUGCUGCAAUCCUGGAAAUCUCGUGCCCUACGACUGCAAAUUUACGUCUUUUAUCAACUCUUACGACAAUCUUCUGACGUACCGGGUCCCUGAUAGAUCCGUCAUCCGUGGUGUCAACAGUGUGCACGACAACAGCCAUGAAGACAGAAUUUUCAAGUUCGACAUUUGCAAGUUAGGAGCGCUGGCCGAUGAACCCACUGUUGGCUGAACACCCCGCCCAACACCACCACACCACCCCACGCUGCAGUUUUCUCUUCACUGGUCAAGAGAUCGCUGGAACAUAUAUUAUUAUUUUGUUCGAACACAUAAUAUUAGUCCCUGUGACAAAAUGUGAUCAAUAAAUUGAUGCAUGCGCUGUAAUCUUCC